AUGUUGAUUAGAGGCGAAGGGUGCUGGAUACUCUCUUUCGACUGGAUAGAAACCUGUGCACACGUGAAGCAGCGUGUCGAGGAAGAGGGCUUCGAGGUGGCUGGAUGCAGCACGGCGCCAGCCUCUUAUGCGCCCCGAAGGGCACGUUUAUCACGAGAGGCUGGAUCCUUAGGCCUCUUCAAUGGACUAAACAUGUGCUUCCCAGGUAACUUCGUAUUUCCAAUGCCUUCCAAAGACGAGCUUAUUUCUUUGGCUCGUGCGGGCGGCGCAUCUGUGUUUAAUCGAGAUAUUUCCAACCCUACUAGCCUGGCGCGCUUGGCAAAGGAAUGUCUUACGACGGAAUUGAGUGCGCCAGCUGACGGGCCACUUUACGGAGCCAAUCUUCUUAUCAUUUAUGACCCUAAAUCAAAGCAGCAGACAUCAAAAAGCAAUGCCAUCUCAGGAGCCCCCCCCCGGUGUGAUGUGGACAUACAUGAAGGGCGGCUCACGUCAGAAGUGGAAGAGUUGGCGAUUGGCGCGCGAAAGAUUCUAGCAGAUCAAGGCAGCGAAUCCUCUGUUACAAAUAGUUGCUCAGAUGCAAGCCGAAUUGUUUUGCUACCUGCUUCAUGGCUGAUAGACUGCAUCGCUCACUACCGGAUUCUCCCGGCUGGUCAGCACAAUAUUCCGACUUAG